AUGGCAUUCCCCACGGAAGUCCACCACGGAAAGGAGGGUGGGAUCGAAGAAGAUCCCGUCCGCCUUGCCGCAGUGACUUCAUAUACAGACGGCGAUGUCGAACCUGCUGGCUCUAGGGCCCUUGGUCGAACGGAAACCCACCGAGGUAUCAAAUCUCGACAUUCACAGAUGAUUGCAAUUGGUGGCACCAUCGGUACCGGUCUAUUCGUUGGGACAGGUCAAGCUCUGGCCACCGCCGGCCCUGCGAACCUGUUCCUCGCCUACAUCAUCAUCUGUUUCUUUGUUUAUGGCAUCGUAACUGCCACAUCCGAAAUCAGCUCAUAUCUGCCGACCCCUGGCUCUUCAAUGGCCUCCAAUGGUAGCCGCUAUGUCUCGAAGAGCUUGGGAUUUGCUAUGGGGUACCUGUAUUGGUACUCCUUUAGUAUUCUCGUGGCAUAUGAAGUUACGGCUGCAGCUCUUGUCAUCAACUACUGGCCGAAUAGUAUCCAUAUUGCAGUAUGGAUUACUAUUAUGCUGGCUGUUAUAAUUUUCUUGAAUAUGGCUCCAGUUGGCAUAUAUGCCGAGUCUGAAUUCUGGUUUGCAUCGGUGAAGGUGUUCAUGAUUAUUGGGCUACUUCUUCUUGCUGUCAUUCUUGCUUUUGGGGGUGGCCCAUCGGGCCAGCGACUUGGCUUCACCUAUUGGAAUAACCCCGGCCCGAUGAAUGAGUAUCUUGUUGAUGGCGCAGGCGGUCGAUUCUGUUCAUUCGUGUACGCUUUGACAUUCUCGACAUUUUCUUUUGCCUUCGGCCCGGAAUUGAUCGUUCUCACUGGAGGUGAGAUGCGAGCACCGCGGAAGAAUCUGCCUAGAGCCGCCAAGUCGUUUAUCUGGAGGUUGAUCUUCUUCUAUGUCUUGGGAGCCCUGGCGAUCGGUAUCAUUUGCAGGAGCGAUGCCCCUGGCCUAACCAACGGUGGUUCGGGUGCGGCAGCAUCACCUUGGGUAAUUGGGAUUAAGGAAGCCGGCAUCAAAACGCUCGACAGUGUUAUCAACGCGGGCAUUAUCCUCUCCGCCUGGUCUUCGGGGAAUUCAUUCCUUUAUAUGUCGAGUCGAUCCCUUUAUUCUCUCUCGAAAGUUGGUAACGCUCCAGCUAUUUUUUCCCGAUGCAACCGCUGGGGCGUCCCUAUCUACGCCGUCCUCGCCAGUACUCUUUUCGCGCCAUUGGCUUAUCUCAACGUCGGAUCAUCAACAAGCCUGGUUUUCAAUUGGCUUAUCAACCUAACUACUACAGCAGGAUUCAAUUCCUGGAUGUGCUGUUGUAUCAUCUUCUUGAGAUUUCGAAUGGCUUGUAAGGCCCAGGGUGUUACAAAUGUCCCCUACCAGUCUGUCUUACAGCCUUACAUUUCUUGGGCCUGUUUGGUCUUCUUUACGGCCAUGCUACUUCUCAACGGCUUCGGUGUUUUCUUUCCAGGGAACUGGUCUGUUUCAUCUUUCCUCACUUCCUACAUUGGUCUUCCAAUUUUUAUCGUCAUAUACCUAUCCCACCGUAUUUACUCCUGGAACGAGUCUUGGGCAAUUGAGCCCUCCAAGGUUGACUUGCACACUGGCCUGGAUGAACUUCUGGCUUUGGAAGAAAUGAGCUCCGAAGUAAAUGUUGCUAGUAACGGGAAGCUCAGGAAGAUAUUGAGAUCUUUGUGGGAAUGA